AAGCGGAAGAGACGUGGCACAUAAACAGAGAGAGGAAGGAAACAGCUAGCUGCAGCCAAGUUUUCCCGAUGACAGCUUCUGGAGUCGCCUUCCAUGUGAAUUUGACACGGAAGCUUCAAUGACAGUCGUUCAACAUCACCUGAAAGCAACGGGGCUCCAAUAAAGUCAGGUGGCUAUGGGUCUCUGCAAGUGUCCAAAGAGAAAGGUGACCAAUUUAUUCUGCUUCGAACAUCGUGUAAAUGUGUGUGAGCAUUGCCUGGUCUCCAACCACAACAAGUGUAUCGUGCAGUCAUAUUUGCAAUGGCUCCAGGACAGCGACUACAACCCCAACUGCACUCUGUGUAAUACUCCGCUGAAUGCUCAAGACACCGUCAGGCUCGUCUGCUACGAUGUGUUCCACUGGUCCUGUCUUAAUAACUUGGCCUCUCGGCUGCCCCUCCAUACGGCUCCAGCGGGAUACCAGUGUCCCACCUGUCAGGGUCCAGUGUUCCCCCCUUCCAACCUUGCCAGCCCAAUUGCUGAUGUGCUGAAAGAACAGCUGUCGUCUGUUAACUGGGCCAGAGCUGGUUUAGGGUUGCCGCUGAUUGAAGAGCCCAUUGGGGGCCUUGAGGAGACCACAGCUCAUGAUGUCACUGAUUACACCGACUGGUCAACAUUUGAUGCACAAGAACAAAGUAACAUUUACCCCAGCCACUCUUACAACACCAGCCUCAGCCCUCCACCAAAUUCUGUCUCAGCUCCAGCACAGGAGGACCUCGGAGGUCCUCGUAAAAACGGGGAUCCAAAACUGCAGGAGCACACUGUGGUUAACUUCACCAAUGCCACUGCCUGUGACACAGUUACACUACACGCAGCAUCGUCACCAAGAAAGAUCUAUGACACGCGGGACGGAGGUCACAGCUCUGUCACACAGAUUGAUUUUGAUGACGACAAGUACCGGCGACGGCCAACGCUAAGUUGGUUUGCUCAAAUUCUCAAAAAUCGCACAGGAGGAAAGCGGACAUCUCUGUCCUGGAAGCAGCGCGUCUUCAUGCUUCUUCUGGUCGGAGUUCUUGGAUUCUUUACGUUGAUAAUCAUCAUGGCUAAACUUGGGCGUGCCUCUGCUGGCUCUGACCCAAAUCUAGAUCCUCUUCUUAACCCCAACAUCCGUGUGGGGAAAAACUGAUUAAAAAAAGCAUCGAUUCCUUCUCUUCCUUCUGUGUUACACAUGUAAGCACGUGUAGAACGAGCUGAAAUGGGACUUUCUAAUACACGGUUAGCCCAACAGAGGGAGCCGUUUACCCAACUUGAGUGGAAAAGAGAAAGAGACGCUGCACCUCUGUAGAAUGGAGGCAAUCUCUGGUCAGGUCAGUAGGAACAUGCCAGGGCCCUUCACAGACCCUAAAACAAAUCUCACGACAUUCAGAAACUUUCCUGUGAUCGAUCCAAACAACCCACAAACUCCAAAGGUGACCGAGGCCCGGGGCAUGUAGACGAAGGAUCAGGUUAUUGUGGCUUUGAAAAGCUAACAAUGAAAAGAGGUAGUAUUUAUAUUUACAAUUCCAGCUAACAUUUAUCAGUGAUCUUUGUAAUUUUUUUUAAGUUAAGUAGAAUCAAUAGAAACAUGGUUGAUGUUGAAAGAACAUCUUUAGCUGGCUGAAUUGUCCAAUAACUUCUACACGGUUAUAAACUGAUUCCACCUGCUGAUUUAAUUUGAGUGCGUUUCUCCUUUAGAGAAGAUUUCGCCCUCACAAAUGGGAUCAAAUAUACCCCAACACUUUAAUUAAUACAUAACAUAACUAUUUAUGGGUGUCUGCAUUACUUCUGAAAUUGAGUGCAUUGCUUUUAGAUUUGCCAUACAUAACUGUAUGUACAUUUUCCUGAUGUUUUUUGACUGUCUAUUAAAUGGGAAUACUACACACUGUCAGUAUUACAAUGUUAUUUAAAGUCCAUCAUCAAUUAUCUGCAGCUGUGUACAGGCAAAAUCAAGAGUGAAGAGUUUCUAAUAUGUCAGUCGUGUAGUGCAGCUUUGAUGAGAAUAAUAUAUCAUUGAAUAUAUUUAUUCAUUAUUAUUUGAGUGCAGUAGCUCAAACUAAAAUGUAAUUCCACUGCCCAGUUCUCAUAAAGCAGCUACUGGCUGCAAAAAACAUAUUAAUGCUAUCACAGACUGGUGAUAAUAACAGUCAAGAAUAUCUCACACACUAGAUGCAGUGAUGGGCUCUGUGUGUACCACACUGUAAAUUACUGCACUUCUUUUCAAAGCAACAUUUGCACUCAAGUGACAUUUAUGAAUAAUUACUUAAAUGAACAGAACUGGAGAAGAGACAGCAAGUAACCGCUCUCUUACUUGCUUUUAUAACACCGGUAUCUCACUAUGGCAAGACACUGCAUAUAUGUCUGGCUUCAAAAUAAACA